CCCCAACCCCAUGGAGGUCGAGAUCAAGCUCCGGCUCCCCGACGCGGCCGCACACCGGCGCCUCUCCUCCUUCCUCGCGCCCCGCCUGCUCCGCACCGACGCCCCCGCGUGGCCCCUCGCCGCCGCCACCGCCGCCCAGCGGGUCCGCCUCUACGGCACCGACGACCGCGACCCCUCCCGUGCCGUCCUCACGCUCAAGCGCCACCCGCGCAUCGACGCCGGCGUCAGCCGCGUUGAGGAGGUCGUGGAGCCCCUCGACCCCGCCCUCGUCCUCACCUGCGUCGACAACCCCGCCCGUCUCGGCGCGGUCGACUCCCCCAUCGUCCGGCUCGUCUCCGAUGAGUAUGGCCUCGGCAGGGACAAAUCGCCGUUUGUCUGCCUCGGCGACUUCCGGAACACCCGCGGUGUGUAUGAGCUCGAGGAGUGCGAGGGGCAGGGGCUCGUGCUAGAGCUCGACGAGACACACUUCGAUUUCGGCACAAACUACGAGAUGGAGUGCGAGACCGCGGAGCCCGACCAGGCCAAGGAGGUCCUGGAGCGGCUGCUCACCAUGGCUGGGGUGCCGUAUGAGUACUCCCGGAGCAAUAAGUUCGCGUGCUUCAUGGCCGGGAAGCUGCUUCCGUGACUAGGUACCUAAAAGGCUGAACCUGAUCUUUGAUGAACUAGAAGGCCAAGAUACCAAGGACUCGAGUGGGCGACUCCAAGAAUGGGUACUCCUGAAACUUUAGCCAGUGGCCAUGUUGAUGGUACUUUUUGGGAACAGAGGAGGGCGUGUGUUAUUGUUCAAACCAGGUGCCUGAUUUUUUUUUAAUCUUUAGCCAGUGACCACAUUGCUGCCCUAAGCGAUGAACAGGGGAGGGCGUGUGGUAUUGCAGUUAACUAUGUGUCAUCUGGUCAUCAUAGUGAUUGGUAGAUUAAAACCGUAAGCCACCUCUGAAUUCAUAUCGAAGGUAGUUCACCAAGAUCUGUGGUUUUUAUUUGCAUUUUAUAAGUUUUAGAGUUUCAUGUUACUGCUUUAAAUACGUAAUUAUGGUUUCAUCUUCCCUUUUUAGCGCCAGUCAUGCGAGCUGGUCUUUUUCUGCUUUGAUCUCCAAGAUGUCGGAAAACACUAAUGACAAUUUAUUUUGAGAUUGCCAUAUUCUUUCUACCUAAUUUGUGUUCUGUAUAAAAUGUACAAUGUUUCCUUUCCUGGAACUUUAGGGGCCUGAUCAAUUGAACAAGUAUAUUGGGGAGAGUGAAUCAGAAGUAAGGAAAAUAUGAACCCGUGGAAGCACUAACUCACCAUACAUCCUAUUUUUUUGAGGUAAUUUUUUAUGUUUAGCUGA